CUAAACAUUUUAAACUAUCUGCAGCCACACAAACCGUGUAACAGCAGCUUAGGCAGCCAGACAUUAUAAAAACUCUACAGAGUGUAAAACAUGGAUUUCUUCUGCUUAGUCAGUGCAGCUGAGCCAAAAAUAUUCAGCCAAGUGGAGAUUAAAGAGAUAAAACUGUGGAACAAUGCAUCCUGCAGCCGGCCAUGCCGAGCGACGACUCGACUCUCUGGGGUCGUUUAAACGGAAAGCAUCACCUCAACGCUGAAAAGUCCACCUGAGGUGAAUAAACGUGACUACACUGAGCCAAAUAAUUAAAUCAACACCCAGCUGGCCUGACAUGAAACAAGAUAAAUCCCUGCAACAAGAGUUUUAAUUAAAAAUGUCAGAAUUAAGCUCAAUAAUCUGAGUUAUUAAAAACCCCAAAACUUAACAUGAAUUCCUAACAACUGAUGUAGAAGUUUUCUUUACCUUUUUCUCACCAAACUAGAUCACAAAAUAAUAAAAUACUGGAACUUUUCUUUUUUCAAGCCAAGAGGUGAAAGUUUGGACGCUUUCCUACUUUCACUGAUCAACAGGAUGAGGUUUAUUCUAAUAAAACAUGAAAGUUUAAGCCAGAGGGAACCAAAGCCACAGUUGGAGGCUGAAAAAUGAUUCUCAGUUUCACUUUGAGGGAGAAGGAGGGAGUGAGAGAGAGGAGGGAGGAGGAGGAGGAUACAGCAGCCUCCUGUCUGGUUCGCGCUCAGAGCAGCGCGUCCUGACGCACCGGACGGAGCUGCGCGCAAGAACUGAGACCGAUCCGCCGGGGUAGACGGGGAUGUGGACCCGGUGUGAAACCGGAUCUAACGGGGUCUCUGCAAGGAUGUGGUGGUUUCAUGUAAAAGCUUUAACGCGCUGAGAGACGCGCGAAGUUCAGCCUGAACCAGAACUUAACUGGCUGGAGCGCAGAAAUGUCUCCUCAGCAGACGGAAUCACAACUCUGAACUCAAAACACUUCGCUUGUUUUGAAGACUCACUCCAAACUUCGCUUUGGUCUGAAGAUGGAGCCGGAGGAGGGGAAGAUCUCGGUCUGGGUCUGCCGGGAGGAGAAGCUGGUCUCCGGGCUGACGAAGCGAACCACCUGCGCCGAUGUUGUGAAGGUUCUGCUGGAGGACCAGAACCUGCAGCAGGGCGUCUCGGCGGCUAUGCUGUCCGGCUCGCCUCAGUCCUACUGCCUGGUGGAGAAGUGGAGAGGCUUCGAGAGGAUUUUACCCAACAAGACCAAGAUCCUGCGGCUCUGGAGCGCCUGGGGGCACGAGCAGGAGAACGUCCGCUUCGUUCUGCUGAAGAACGACGCCUCGUUGCCCAACAACGGACCACGCAGCGCCGAGGCGCGGGUCGUCCAGAGCCGAGACAGUGGGGGCCCAGGCGGGUUGCUCAAGGGCACCGCCAGGACGUGCUGGACCGCCGCGGCCGCCGCUGCCAACUUGUCCCAGGACAAACAGAGGCGCAUCGUUCGGAAAGCCUUCAGGAAGCUGGACAAAAUAAACAGGAAGAAGGAGCAGGAGGUGUGCAAGGACAACGGCUCCGUGGAGAAGAUGGAGACGCUGGUGCACCUGGUGAUCUCCCAGGACCACACGAUCCGGCAGCAGAUCCAGCGGAUCAAAGAACUGGACCGGGAGAUCGAGCGCUUCGAGGCUAAGGUCCACUUUGACCGCAUCAAGAGGCACGGGGUGAACUACGUGCAGGACACCUACAUGGUGGAGUCCCCGGACGCUCCUGCGCCCUCGGACUGUAAGCGCAAAGCUGAGCGCCAAGAUGCGCGCUACACCGCAGAGGUGCUGGCGCAGUUCGAGGAGUACGCGUGCCGCUGUGAGGAGGUGGUCCGGCUGCAGGAGGAGCUGACGGAGCGCGAAGCCCUCUUGGAGAGCAUCACCGGGGAGAUCCAGGAGGAGCUGAACCAGAGGUGGAUGCUGCGGGAGGAGAAAGGAGCGGAAGCGGCGCAGGACGCGGAGAGCAUCACGGAGGACGUUCCUCUCUCCGCGUCAGGGGAAGCAGAUGCUGAGGACGAGCAGCUGCUGGACAAGGAGAGGCUCAAAACCCAGCUGGACACCAGUCUGUACAUCGGCUUGAGGCUGAAGACAGACCUGGAUGCCAUGAGGGGGGACUUGGACCUGAGUCUGGCACUCUGGGAAACCAAAGAAAGUGAACUGUUGGACCUGCUGGCCAAGGUGGAAACCAUGGAGAUGGAGCAAGCAAACCAAAAGGUGACUGAUGAUGAUGAUGAUGAUGAUGAUGAUGAUGAUGAUCGCAAGGAAGAGCCGGGUGCCAGCAGCGCUGAAGCUGACCCGGGGUCAGCGGAGGGAAGCAGCAGCGGCUGGGUGGAGCAGGCUCGAGGUCUGUCCAAGGCCUGCAGCACCAACGAUGAGGACUCGGACACGGGCCUGAGCUCCAUGCACAGCCAGGACUCCGACAACCCGCCUGUGUGUGAAUCGCUGGUGUAGCCGGGCUCUGAGCGGAGGGGCCGCAAAAUCAGUGUUGGGUCGGAGACCGUCUUCCAAAAACACAAUCAGUGACUCUGAAGCAAUAAUUUCUAUUAGUAGUCACUGCACAAUAAGCUAGACAGGCCAGAGUAGACAGAGGCUUCGCGGCUGACCUUUGACCUCAAUGAGGAAUGUAACACUCAGAGUUCUGAACUGUUGUCUCCAGUGAGGAAGAACCAGAUCACAUCUGUGGUCCGAAAGCAGCUUAAAGUCAGUUUAAAGGGUCAAGAGGACGAUGAGGCACCACUAAUAAUAAAUAAUAAAUAAUAAAUAAAUCAGCUGGAAACUUAGGUUCGAAAUCAGAUGUUUAUUUUUGGAGUUUAGCAUCGUGUAAAGAAGCCGCUCUCCGUGAGGCGACGUUCUUCGAGUGUUUCACAUUUCUUUUACCAUGAAUCAUUUCAAACAAUCAGCUAAAUCUCAUCAGUUCAUCAUAAAUUAUGAUCAUCUGCAGCGGCGGAUCCCAAAGCGGGGGCCGAGGCCCGCUGGGGGCCGUGAAAGGCUGCAGGUAAAAUAAAUACACGUAGCUUCCAUGUUUACGUCCAGAAACACAACGUGCAGCGAUACGAUGUCACCUCCGUGCACGUGGGUCACAUCGGAGUCGGAUGGACACGUUUAAGUAAAACGCGACUGUCCCACUAAAGCUGGAGAUAAUAGUCAGAACCAGGUGCUUUAGGAGGCCAAUCUGUUAGAUUUCUGCGAGUCAGAAGCUGAAGAGUUUGGGAACUGCUGAGGAAACCCAGAAUGAAGCUAGAAUUCCAUCCAUUUUCUGAACCCGCUUGUCCAUGCAGGGUCGGGUGGGGGGUGGGGGUGCCUAUCUCCAGCAGUCAAUGGGCAAUCAGGCCAGGGGCGUGUCCAGGGAGUGGCCUGGGGUAGCACAUGCCACCCUUGGAAUCUGAUUGGCCACCCCAGGUGCCACCACACUAAUUUACCUUUAAAUAGGCUUUUCAUUGUCCACAAAAGGCUUGGGGAUUAAAAACAAAAAAGCAUAUCCAUUGGUGCCACCCAUGCACAAAGGUGUGCCUCACCUGGGCCACCCCAUUUUAAAAGAUCUGGACACGCCACUGAAUCAGGCGGGGUACACCCUGGACAGAGAGCUGGUCCAUCGCAGGGCGAAGCUAAAAUUCCCUAAAAACAAACCCAAAAAUUACUUUAGGAUGUUUAUUUAUCGAAUCUUAAAACGCGGAUCUAAAGUUUGGACGAAGAAACAAUGAAUCACAUACAUUUGAAUCCUUCUUGCGAGCAGCAACGAUGCUUUUAAAUGAACAAAAAAAAAAAAAGACAUCUUCUGUUUGGAUUAAGAUCCAUAAACUUCAUAAUGAGCUGAAAUUGGAUCCUUGAUUGGAUGCUCCUGCUGGCUAACUGCUCACAGCUUUACAAUCUCAUGGUUUGUUAAACCAAGUCUGAUGACGUCGCCGCGUUCGUCUGAUGGAAGGAGAAAAGCUUCCCCGAGAAUCAUGAGUGAAUGUGGUUUAAAUCUGCGUAUGGAUUACUGUUAGAGUCCUGUUUGGUCGCUCUGAGGGGCUUUGGCUCCGCGUAAAGCUUCUUACUCGACCACCACUUUCCACCGAGGUUCCGGUCACAAUAAGUUCCUUUAUCAGGGGGACGGUAAACGUUCUUGUGUAACGCACAAACAUAUUUAUGUAAACACGAGGAAAACGAGACGUUUUAGACUCUGUAACAAUGCAUUCUUUUUUUAUUCACAAGUGUAACGAAAAGUCUUCCACUUAUUUAGAGAAACAAGCGUGAUUUAGGGUCCUUCUGCACAAACACCUGUGAAACUGGACCGUGGGAUGGAACGGGCCCAUGUAGGAAUCCCACAGCCUCUGCAUAUCUGAACACAGCGACAUUACGGAGAACUAUUUUAAGACGCGGUUCACGUUUUGCGCCGAGAAAAGUUGCUGCGAAGCAGCUUUCUGUGGCUCCUCUGAGACCUGCAGGCAACGGCAUCAGGACAGGAGUGGAUCUGGGAUUCAUCCUUACUGUAAAAGCAUUUUUCUGUUUUGUCAGGAUGUUGUGAUGUCAUAAUUACAAAUGACCCGCCGCGUAGCCGUCUUAUGUCACCCUAUCAGGGACAGUUUGGGCUCCUCUCUGACUUUCAGACUGCUUUUACUCAGAAAAGUUGCCAAAGUAAACUCACUUCCACGGUGGCAGCCCCGUAGAAAACUGCACUUGACUGCUGAAGUGUUACAAAUAAAGAGAAAAGACUCGA